CCAAAUUUAUAUAUAUCUAAAAAUUACUUGGUAUUUUUAUGAAUAUCUUUGAGAUGAUAAAAUUAUUUCCUGAAAAUUUACUGUUCACGAAAUCUUUUCUAUGUACUUGUAUGGCAGUAGUAUCUAUGGACAAGAACGUGGCUGUGUAGGUAGAAGGGAAUGACACUAUGAAGCAGAAAUUUGUGUUGGAGUGUGAGGGCUGUAUGUGACUAAUAAAUGUGUGGAGCAAAAGAGCUGUAUAUGGCAGAAUGUCUUUGUGCAAGGAAGGAGACUGAAUCUGCGUGUGUGUGUCAACGCUUCCAUGUAGAAUAAGUGCAGUACUUGUGUUGGGAUCCAGUGUGAGGUAACUGGACAACAUCUGCCACACAGUUUGUUAAAGCUGUUUAGUAAUGUGUGUAGUAACUAAUGCUGUAUGUAUUCAUAAUGCUUUGUAGUCAAGAAUGAUUCAUCCUUUCUGUGUCAUAUCAGAUAAAGUAACUAAUGUAACAUUAAGAAAAUCUGAAACUUGGGAGACUUGAAGUCCAAAGAGUUUUAACUUACUUGCGUUGUAUGUAAAUUGUCGGUACGUUUGAUAGACAGUUUGCCUUGGUAAUGUGUGCUACAGAGUGUUUUUUCAGAAAAGAAGGGGCAAGCUGUACGCUUCACUUACAGAUGUUGUGUUUCUUCCACAUUACAGGGAUUGCGAGAGAACUGUACUGUUAAUAUUGGGUUUAGUAUCACCUGAUGCCAGCUAAGCAGUCAGACUGCUUAGUGGAUUGGGAUAAUUUACUGCUUUGUUGAUAGAGUCGUUGGAGAAUGUAAGCGCAGUACAUGUUAGCCUUGAUAAAGAUUGAUGUUCACAGUCUAUUUUGUACAUCACUAAAUUUCUAAACUGUUGAUAAACAACGUCUCUUUUUUUCUCCCUUUCUAAGAUACUACGCGUAUCUUCAGCAAGCUCAAGCAUUUUACACGUUCCCAUUCCAUCAGAUGAUGACUGCAGCGCCUAACAUGGAAAUCAUGACUGAGCAGCCGACUCUAGAGGGCAUUCCAGAGCCAAACAUUGCUCAGGAGCCUCCAAAAGAAGUUAAAAAAGGAGGAAGGAAAAGAAAAGCCAAAGCAACUGAGCCAAAGCAACCCAAAAAGCCUGCUGCUAAAAAAGAAAAAUCAGCCAAGUCAAAAGGCAAACAAGAAAAGAUCACAGAUACUUUUAAAGUCAAAAGAAAAGUGGACCGUUUCAAUGGUGUAUCUGAAGCUGAACUUCUGACCAAGACUUUACCUGAUAUUUUGACCUUUGAUCUGGACAUUGUAAUAAUUGGCAUAAACCCUGGCUUGAUGGCAGCUUACAAAGGACAUCAUUACCCUGGACCUGGAAACCAUUUUUGGAAGUGUCUGUUCAUGUCUGGUCUAAGUAAUGAACAGCUGAACCAUAUGGAUGACCACACCUUGCCACAUAAAUAUGGGAUUGGAUUUACAAACAUGGUUGAAAGGACAACACCUGGAAGCAAAGACCUCUCCAGCAAAGAGUUUCGGGAAGGAGGUCGAAUUCUGAUGCAGAAGUUACAGAAGUAUAAACCUCGUAUAGCAGCUUUCAAUGGAAAAUGUAUUUAUGAAAUUUUUAGUAGAGAAGUUUUUGGAAUAAAAGUUAAGAACCUAGAAUUUGGACUGCAGCCACACAAAGUGCCAGAUACAGAAACUCUCUGCUACGUUAUGCCGUCAUCCAGUGCAAGAUGUGCUCAGUUUCCUCGUGCACAAGACAAAGUUCAUUAUUACAUAAAGCUGAAAGACUUAAGGGACCAACUGAAAGGCAUCGCACCAAACACAGAGGUGCAGGAGGUGCAGUACACAUUUGACUUGCAACUUGCACAAGAGGAUGCUAAAAAGAUGGCUGUCAAAGAAGAAAAGUACGAUCCAGGUUAUGAAGCAGCAUAUGGAGGAGCUUACUGUGAUCGUGCGCCAUACGAAAGUGAACAGUGCAGUUUCUCUUCAAAUGGAACCGCAGCAAGCAAUCCACAGUACUGUGAGGGGUCGUCCUUCGGUGAAGUUCCUAAUGGACAAUGGAUGACACAGUCCUUUGCAGACCAGAUUCCAGAGUUCAGUGCUGGUAUGACACGGGAAGAAGAGGGAAGCAGUGCGUAAGAGCUGUUUCUUCUCCGCUACGCAUACAUGCUGCAGUUUUAAUGCAGUGAUCAAGAUCGGUACCUCGGUUCUCCAACUGAAGCAUUUUAAUAGUAUUUUAUCUCCCUUAGUUAUUUUAUUAUAGUCCAAAGUAAGUGUGUGGUAGGCUCAAAUCAAUGAACUAGAUAAUUUUAAGGAACUGUCCAAACUUUUUAAAAAAAAGUUAGCCCUUUUUUGUAUAUGAGUUUUAUAUUUAAUGUAUACCAUUUCUUGCAGUUUUUGACAAAUUGCUUUCUCAUUUGCUGAGAUUUCUUUGGGGCGUUAAUUUUAUUCCAUAAAUCAUAAUGUAGUAGUAACAGCAGCAGUAUACUUUUUACUGAUGCAUCAAUAUUUGGAUAUCUCAUAAUCCUUUUAUAUCCAGAGGGGAAAAUGGGAAGUGUACCCUUAUCUUUCAUGAAGUGGUGUUUUUAAUCAUGCACAGUUAAGCAAAUUGUGCUUUUUAAGUCUCCCUUUUACUUUCUUUAAAAGCGCAGAGAGUUGUGUUCUGCAGCUGUGAGUACUGAGUAUUUUCUGGGUGGGAAGAGCGCGCUCUGUCUGUUUAGUGAUUGGACCGUAUUCAGGAUUAAAGGAGUGGAGACAUCACCUCAGGUCACAGCACUGGGGAGGAAAAUUUGUGUCGCACAGGACAGGGCCUAAAUAGUCUAGCUGAGCUGUCUUAGGGUAAGAUGUCCCUACCAAUCCAUCUCUUUCCCCCUUAAAUUCCAAUGUAAGGAACUGGAAUUCCUUUUAAAAAAAACAACCGACAAUGGUGGUUCUUGAAUUCUGUGGCAUUUCAACUCUCAGUCAUUUCUGUGUGAUUAGUCUCUUCACCUGACCUUUAGGAGGAGACAACCCCUUUGAACAGACUACAUUGCAGGGAAUUGAAAGACCAUAUUCCAAAAAAUCACAUACAGCUACAUUGUUUACAUCAGGUAGGAUCAGCACAGGGUGGAAGAGGUUUGCAGUUUAGCAGGUUUUAACAUUCAGUGGAAGAGGUUUGCGAUUUAGCAGUUUUUAACAUUCAGUUCUCUUCAAUCUGUAAGACCUUAGAGGGUGCUCUCCAUAUUCCUCUUACAAGUAAAAAAUACUAAGUUACAUGUAAGGGCAGUUGUUCCAUGAAUAGGAAGUCAGCUCUAGAAACUGCUGCUCUCUUCUGAGGAACUUGCUUAAACAAUACACAUUUUUGGCCAAUAUUAGUGACUGAGAAAGGUGAUUCCAUGCUUGUGCCUAACCAUCAUCUUUCCCUCUUUAUCAUGAGGAAGAGAUGAAGUAAAAGCAAUAAGCUGAUCAAAACAUUAAAGUUUUGAUGAUCUUAUGACAGUAGGUGCUUCAUAUACUUGAAAAAUAGAUACAAACAGUAUCUCCAGAAUCCACACUGGUCAGAGAUUCCUGUACUGGUGUGUUUUAUCCUUUCCUCACAGCCAGUGAUAGUUCUCAUGCAUUGAGUGUAACUAGUUAGUGUAGAUUCUAAUCCUGCUGUAACAGCUCUCGCCGAGAUCACACACUGUCAACCUGUUGUGAGGCAGGCAUGAUGUUUACAGUUUCUUCCCAAAUUAUGUGGCUUAAUUCUGAGCGUCUUAAAUCAAGAAAGUGUGCAUUAUGGUUCUGAUUGUGUUUAUUAGCUUCAGCAUAAAGCUGUUCAGUAUAUUGUCAAAAAGGUAUAGGACUUGUCUUGUCUGUUAUUUAAAGUGUACUGUAUCAUGUAUUGCUGUUUACAUGGACGUUUUCCUGCAGGUGCUCAAAGUAUCUUGCAUCAGGGAUUUGUUACAAUUCAAUUUUAUUUUUCAACAAAACUAGAAGCAUGUAAUUAGCACUGCUGAAUAUGUAGCACAGUAGGAUAUAACUACUGUAAGGCUAUCCUGUUUGAUGAGAAGGGCAAGGUCUCUUUAACAGAGUCACCUACUAGGUUAUCUAGGUAUAAAAUACAGUUAAGUGUACAAUGACCGUUUCACUAAAUAUUGCAAUCCUAUGUGUACUCCCUCAGAACUGGUGCUCUUUUCAUUACAGUAAUACAAAAGUUCUUAAUCUGUCUUAAAUCUAUCAAUGUUUCACAAUAAAAUCAGGA